AUGAUGUUUGAAGAUUCGCAAGAGCCGGGCGUCUCGUUCGCCGUCGAUCAAUACCCCGAUCAAGAACCGGACGUUAUUCAAUGCUCGCAAGGCCACCGUACCACCUAUCCCUCCGCCCAACAAGGCGGCUCUAUCUGCCUCCUCUGCUUCUCCAACCUCAUCUCCAACCCACGCGCUCCCACUCUCCAUGUUUCCUACGCUCUCUCUCAACUCUCCCUCGCCCUUUCUGAAGCUCCUUUUCUCAACUCCCUCCUUUCCUUCCACCCUCACUUAUCUCCCCUCCUCCACGCGCUUUCUUCCUUCGACGACGAUCCGAUCGCUCAACAACUCAUUGAUAUAAUCUCCGCUCUUUGCGCUUCUGCUAAUGACUCCGUCACCGCCGAUUUCAUUGCUCAAGUUUCCGGUAAACUCUCUUCUGGCGCGUUGGCGUGGAGUCGAAGGCAGCUUUAUAUGCUUCAUUGUCUGGGAGUUCUCCUGAACCGUCAAAUAAAUGAUCCUUGUAUGCACAUCAGAGACAAAGAUGCUCUAGUAUCCAAUUUAGUGGCAGGUCUUCAAUUGCCAAGAGAUUCUUUUGUUCUGUAUAAACUAUCUGCUCAAGGAUAUGCAUCUAAAGAUUGUGUAGGAGCAAAUGUUCUUCAUGCUUUUUGUCCCAGUUUAUUGCGUUUGUCAAUGGAGGCCCUUCUGAAAACCCAAAGAGAUGAUGUACGAUUAAAUGGAAUAGAAUGCAAGGAUCCACUGGUCUACUCUUGUGUUAGAGUUCUUAAUCUCUUUCCAUGCAUGGAACAGUCUUUCAGACAAAGACUUAUUAUUGGUUUUCCAACUCUAAUUCCGGUGCUUCGUUAUGUGUCUGAAGUUCCUUUCCAUCCUGCUCAAGCUUUCACACUUAUGCUUAUACAAAAUUGUGUUUCUGAUUGCCCUGGAAUAGCAUCAACUUCUAACAUUGAUGAAUUGGCUCUUAUUUUGUCAAGGAUGUUUGAAAGGCAUAGAGAUGGGGAAAUUGGCAUGAUUCCAGAGACAUUCGUAUUGGUUUGUUCCAUCUUUGUAGUUCUUUUAAAAUUCCCAUCUUCUCAAGGGGCUUCAAAUCUUCCAUCAUUACUUCAAGAAGCAUUGAAACAUGCUGUUUUAGCUUGCCUGACCGUCUCUGAGAAUGAUCCUGGUCGACUCUUGCAUUCUUUAUACCUUCUUAAAGAAGCAUAUUCAUACAGUCAAGAAGAGUGCUCUGCAAACAAGUCCAGCAACUUUGAACUGCGAACUAGUAUUGUGGAAAUAUGUACCUCACAUAUAUUACCUUGGUUUUCCAUGGCUGUUAAUGAACUUAACGAGGAAACUGUCAUGGGGGUAUUCGAGACAUUCCAUUUUAUACUGGUUCAAAAUCCUGAUAUCCAAGCAACAGAACUAGCAAAAGUCCUACUUUCAUCCUCUUGGUUCAGUUUUUCAUUUGGAUGUCUAGGACUAUUUCCUGCUGAAAUGAUGAAAUGGAGAGUUUAUCUAAUGCUCAGUUCACUUGUGGAAGUUCUUUUGGGAAAUCAAUCUGGACAGCACAUUAGGGACGCUGCAUUUUUUCUUCCAUCUGAUCCUAUUGAUUUGCUGUUUCUGCUUGGGCAGAAAAACUCCCGUGAUGUAGAUUUGUCUUCUUGCCAAGCUGCAGUUUUACUGCUUUUGCAUUUCAGUUGCCUGCAUGAUGACUGGCUUGCAGAUGAGAGAUCGGUUUUAGCUUCUCUGGAGCAAUAUAUUCUUGUUAACAGUGGAGAUUUCUUAUCAGGUAGCAUUGAUUCCUUGACAAUGAUGCAAGUUUUGAAUCUUUAUGGCCUAUGUAGAGGUCUUUCUAAGUUGAGCAACCAAGUUUCUCACAGCCUGGAAGCUGAGAGGAUCCUGUUCCAUAUGCUCUCUCAAAGUGAAUGGGAUUUGCAUUCUGCAACGAUUCAUCCGGUAGCUGUGAGAUGGUUGUUUCAACAGGAGAAAAUCAGCAAGCCAUUAUCGAGUCAACUUCUAAAAUUUUGUAGAAUAGACUGCUCAGAUAGAAACCAAAUACUCAUCCAUAGGGAUAAGUCUCACAUUAUAGAUCUAAGUGUAAUUGCGGACUUAGUUGCAACUAGAGAUAACCAUGCUGCAAAACUUUUGGUGUGUUUAUUGGUAGAGCUUGCCGAGGAAGGAGCCCAGAAUCAAGACAUUAUAACUGUAGUAAAUCUUAUAUCAGCAGUCAUUAACAUCUUUCCAGCUGCCUCAGACCAACUAUGCUUGCAUGGAAUAGGCAAUUCAAUCCUAAUGGUAGUUUAUUAUAAUUCAGGUCAUUCUUCUUCCUCAGAGUUACUUGUGGCCAUCUUACUUCUGCUAUUCAAUAUCUUAAGUACAGUGCACCAUGAAACACUUUCUGAUGGAGAACCUUGGCUUGCAUUGUCUACAAAGUUGAUAGAAUGCUUAAUUCCUGAAGUUAGAAAGUAUGGUUGGAAUCAUGAAGGUUUAAUUUUAGUGGGAAUUCUCUCCUUGAUUUUGCAUCAUUCUUCUGGCCAUGCACUCAUCGAGGCUACCAAAAGCAUAAUUUUUAAUGCUUCCUUGAUCUCUAUCAUAAACAGCACGGUCCAGGUUGUCACUUCCAAGGGACCUGCUCUAAUAGAAUAUGAUGAGGGAACAAGCUCGGGGGAAAGUCUAAUACUUUUGCUCUUGUUAUACUACUUCACCUUAAGAUGCUUCCGUGUUAUUCUACCGGAGGUCGCAGACCGGCAAACGUUCCUCGAGUCAACAGAUAUGACACAAUCAGUUUCUACAAUAAACAUUCACCACCAUGAUUUAUGCAGGAUGAUCCAUUUCGGGUCUCCAAUCGUCAAGCUUGUUGCUUCAUCUUGCUUGUUGGAGUUUCUUUCUGGAAUAUCAUAUCAGAAAAAAGGGAAACAUGUGGUGUCACAGUGCUACAUUGGUUACCUAAAGACCUUAACGACUGUAUUAGAAGGUCAGGUAUUUAACGACGACAUUCGGGUGGCAAUGAACUGUUGCCUCUGCUUAUCAAUAAUUUUAGGGUGGGAAAAGGAACUGGAAAUGCAGGAAUCAGGAGUUGUGAGAAGUAACUGGUAUAGGCUAAUUGUGGAGGAAAUGGUUAUGUCCAUGGCAGUUCCAUGCUUAGCAUCAAAGUCAUUCAUUAAUCAUCACAAACCUGCCGUUCAUCUAACUGUUGCAUUGCUAAAGCUCGAGAAGACUCCAGGGUGGAUGCGGAUCGUGUUCGAUGACCUUUCCUUAUCUUCUAUAAUCGAAAACCUUAAAGUCGUCGACGUCAGCUCUGAGAUGGUGCUUUUGUUUCGAGCUCUCCUCGAGUCUGGAUUCUUGAAGGCAGAGCAUAUAACUAGCCUUAAUAUUGUGUUCCAGGCUUGCAGAAAACGAAUGUACAACAAUGGUAAAGAACAGAUCAGCGAUAAGCAUGCUCGGAGGAGCGUCACCUGGGCGGAUGAUCCGGCGGAAAUUUGCGAGUAUCUCGUUCAUUUGAUGGUCUCUCGGUCGUGUUCAGACACCGAUUCAGGGAACAGAAGGUUGUCCGAUGAAAUAGACAAGUUUUCCCGCAGUUUAACAGAAGGUAAUAGCUGA